UUUAUACAAAAUUGUAAGACAGUCAUGGCAAAAUUCGUGUUUAAAAUCUACUGAGCAGAUAAAACAGUUUAUAUUAUCCUUAUCCCUGCAAUUUCCAUAAUUUAGUAGACGUCAGCUGACAGUUUUAUUGUCGACGGAUAUUAUUUGAAACGGACCGACUGACCUUGGACCACAGUGAUACCUUACGCAUAAACCGGUUGUUAUAGCUUCUAGUAUACAAGGGAGUUUUAAAUCAUUGUAGGGGACUCAACCAUGGAAACAUGUUCGGUGGUCAUCUAACAAAGAAUUUUAGUCAUUUUGUUUGAUCUCGCAAUUUAGUUCUCAUACGCAGUUUUGAAUAACCAGUUUAAUAAUAUCUGAUAACCCUUUGCAGGGCAAAAUAUCUAUUGUACAGGCUACACUGUGACGGGAAAUGAUUUUUAAUAACUGCAAUCAUACCAGGAAGUCACACAAACAUUUUUUAGACUGAGGUUUUCUGAGUAUGCCGUGUCAAAUCUAUUAGACACAUAAUAAAAUUAUAAUGGCGCAUAAUAGUAAAAUGCUGCAUACAUGUUUAUCUCUGUAAUUCCAGGAACGACGACUAAGUUGUUUAGAAAUAUAAACUUUAUAACAAUGUGGUUAAAGUUUACCUUCAAAUGCAAUGUUAGUGAUAAAAUUACUAAGUAUUGAAUGAUUAAUUCAGGAAAUCUGUUAGGUUUUAUUAUGUUGAUUGAGGGGAAGUGGACCUAGGAGUUGUGGUCAGUGUAAUAGGUAAUAAAAAUAAAUGAUAUUCUAAUUAUCUGUUUCCUUUGAAAGUCUUUAUAUUUGUGUUCAGGAUAAAUCUUGCUAUUGAUUUUAGGACCAUUCUCGGAUUAAAGAAAAAAAUGGUAGUUUCGAGCUGGUCUGGCGAUAGAACUGGAGGUGGCCUUAAGUACUCUGUAAUGGCAGUACCUUAUUUUGACUAUACCACAAUUGCGAUCAACACUAAUAGACUCUUGUUUUCUGUCCAUUGCCAGUGUAUCUGGAAGACACUGUCAGCAAAAAUACAGCCUGUAAUAUAUCGCGUAGAGAACUCCUACAGUACAAAGGCUAUUUUAUCAACUCAUCUAUCUGUGUAUUACUGCAAUUGUAAGUUACAUUUCCAGAGCAAUUAGAACUCGUACAAAUGACAUAGAUGGCCUCAUUAAAGGUAAGACAACCGUGUCGAAUUGCAUGGCUAAUGGUCGAUGCGCAUCUACGGUAUAUUAUUAAGCGGUUUCCGUUACGCGUGGGACCAUAAAGCAAGCUUUCUAACUUAUGCGUGUGACGUGAUAAUUAUUUGAAUUUAUUUAUUGAUACUUCUUAAACAUGUGUUUAGUCAUUAUCUUUGUGUUCCUGCAUUAAGGUUUACGCGGAAACCGCUGUUAUAACGUUACCGCUGACUUUACCGCUGUUAUAACGUUAGUUUGGCAAGGGAUCGCAGAAUUAGGUAAUGUAGUCCAGUAAUUGGAUGGCCGAAACGUACCGUGGAAUAUUUUGAAAUUGUCUCUAGCUGUGUUGUGGAAGAACUAUGUUUUUUAGAGUUAAAACUACGGAAUGAUAAGCAACAUAUCGCACACUUAUUCCAAAACUGUCACUAUCCAAAAUUUCGUAAUAUCGAGAUAAUAACGCCAUCAGUUGAUCAAUUUCUAACUAAAAAGAGCCGCAUUGACACUUUCUUAAAAAUGCCAAAAACUACUGCUAGAUGGCAGUAGUCUCUUUUGCCACUAAACAAAAUUCCCCACCCCGCGCAGUGCUAGACUGACGCUUAACACGAAAACACGUGUCGCCCGUACCAGAAUAGACCGUUGUUGAGCGACAAACCGACACUUUGGUCAUUAAGUCAGUUUUUCGGUGCCAUCAUUGGUUUUUUUUAAAAUGCAUCGAAGAGACAAAUUGUUGAAACUCGCUCUGGAUCUUCAGGCAGAAAAUAGCGCAGAACCAUCGACCUCGCAGAAAUCUCGCAGGGUAAGCUGCUCAUCUUCUCAGAGUUCAUCUUCCUCGAGCAGUUCUUCGUCUUCAAGUAGCGCUGCUUCUACAAUUGGCUCCUAUGUUUCGGGGUCAAUAAAAUCUUCAGAUAACAUUUACCGUCCCAUCGCCAAUUCACUAAUACAAAGAAAAGUAUUUGAAUCUUUGCCAAGCACAUCUAAUCUACAAAAACAUGUAACUAAUCAAACUGAAUUACCAAGACAAAGAUCAUUAAGCACCGGUUCUAGGUCUUCUACCCUUUCUUCAAGAGCAGGUGAUUUUUCACCUGACGAUAAUGAUUCUGAUUAUAACCCUGUCCCUGAUAGAAUUAUCGAUGAAAGCUCUGACAACGAGCAAGAAAAUUUAAUAAUAUUACCACCAAAGAAAAAACGGAAGGGUAUUAUAAAUUCUAAAAAGCUAAUAGCUAAACAAUUACGUAAUUCAGGCAAAGAAUACGUUUCUUUAUCAAAAUCAAAAAAAAAUGUGCCCCAGAGAAGCAUGGGACCGCCUUGUUCAGAACGAUGUCGUUUGAAAUGUUUCGAUAAAAUUAAUGAUGGUGACAGAACGAUUAUUUUUGGUUUAUAUUGGGCAAUGGGUUGUGUUACUCGACAACGGGAUUUUAUCAGUAAGAACUUGACUGUUAUCAAACCAAAGUAUAGUUACAAAAAAGAAAAUAGCAAUCGUAAACCAAAGCAUGGUUUCCACCUAACAGUAAAUGGUAAACAAAUACGGGUGUGCAAAAUAUUCUUCAAAAACACUCUGGGGAUUAAUGAUAGACCUAUCAGAACUGUCUUAGAGAAGUUGUGUGAUAGCGGAAUGGUAGAAUCUGACAAAAGAGGCAAACACGGAAAUCAAGUAAAAGUUGUUGAUGAAGUGAUACAGGGUAUAAAAAGUCAUAUUGACUCCAUUCCUCGUAUAGAAAGCCACUACUUAAGAAAACAGACUAGUAGAGAGUACAUCGACGGAGGUAAAAGUUUAUCUGAUUUGUAUAGAGAUUAUAGAAAACUCUGUGAAGAAGAAGGAAAGCCAGCUGGCGAAAUACACACUUAUCGUAAGAUAUUUCACAAAGAUUACAAUAUCAGCUUUUUUAUUCCAAAAAAAGACAUGUGCGAGUUUUGUACAUCUUACGAAAAUAUGAGUCAAAUAGAAAAAGAAACUAACGAGUUGAAGUAUCUAGAACAUCACACAGAAAAAGAACUAAGUCGAAUUGAGAAAAAUGAAGACAAACAAAAGGGGCAAAAAAGUUACGUGGUUGCAUGUUAUGAUUUACAGGCGGUUUUACCGCUUCCUAUGGGUAAGACCUCAAGUUUUUACUACAAAUCAAAGUUAAAUGUAUGUAACUUUACGAUUUGUGAACUUAACAAAGACAACAGUUAUUGUUAUGUUUGGAGUGAAGUAGAUGCUUUGAGAGGAGCCAAUGAAAUUGGCUCAUGCGUCUUAAAGUUUAUUACAGAAAAAUGUCAAACAGUCGAUGACCCGAAUUUGGAAAUUAUAUUUUAUUCUGACAAUUGUUGUGGUCAACAGAAAAAUCAAUUUAUGUUUAGCUUGUACAUGUAUGCUUUAGCUAAUUUGUCAAUUAAGAGCAUUACCCAUAAAUUUUUAAUAUCGGGCCACACUCAAAAUGAAAAUGAUAACGUUCAUUCUGUAAUAGAAAAAUCUGUUAAAAAAUUUCUUAAAUCAUCUCCAAUUUUCGUUCCUGACCAGUACAUUACUUUAAUACAGACGGCUAGAAAACGAGGUAAUUCAUACAAUGUCAACGCUAUGUCAUAUUCCGAUUUUUAUAAUUUAAAAGAUUUUGUUCAGCAAUGUGGCAUUAAGUUUAAUAAAAAUACUGAUGGAGAUGCAGUUAGACUAUCUGAAAUUAAAAUAAUAAAAUUUGUCAAAGAAGAUAACGGAGCAAUAAAAAUAUUUUAUAAGACUUCAUUUACAGAAGAUCAUUUUUAUGAGAUUGAACAAUGUAGACAAACACGGUCUAGGCGCACAAUUAACUGUGUCGGGUUUCCUUUGAAACAACUGAAUAAUGCAAAACUGGAACUAACUUCCAGAAAAAAGAAUGACUUACGAUCAUUAAUUGACAGUAAUUUAAUACCACGCUAUUAUGCUGAAUCGUUUUACCGAAAUAUUUUGUGAUUAUUUUUUCUUUUUUAUAUUAACUUACAGUAAGACAUCCUGUUUUAUUAUGUAAAAGCGAGAGAUGCAAGUCUGAUUAUGUGAAUUAAGAUUAGCCGAGAGAGGCAAGUGUGAUUAUGUGAAUUAAGAUUAGCCGCGAGAUGCAAGCAUGAUAAAUAUUUUUUGUAAGACAUUUUAUGUGAUAUAAGAGUAUCAGUAGCGCGAAGCUUAAGUAUUGUUUUCUUCCCCUUCUGUAAUCAAAGACUGAUUAAAAUGUAGAACAGAAGUUACCUCAUAGAGAGUUUAGACUGAUUGUUUAAUAACAGAUACCUAAUUAUUAUUUAGAUGUUUCCUUUUGAGAUUAUUUUUGUUUCUUAAAUAAAAGAAUGUUAUUAAA